CAGAAUUGGGGAUAAUUGUGUUAGUUUGAAGUGUUUCUUUGCUUUAAAUUACUUUACAAUGCACUUGCUUAACCUAUCAAUGGUGUAUUACUCAAGUAGGUUUAGGAAAUAAUAUUAAAACCAAACUACUAACUCUUGUUGAAGCUGGUAAGAGAUUCUGUAUUCUUUUGACUCCAUAUGCAGAUUUCUGUAAAGGAAUGUUGUAAUGAGGUUGCACAGUGUGCAUUUGUUAUUGAUAAGAUCUUAGAAAUUACAUCUGAAGGUUCAUCUGCUAAGUGCUCUUAUGGCAAUAUUGAUGUUCUUUACCGGAGGCAGGUGUCGGGAAAAGUGUUUCAAGCAGCAUUCCGAGACAGGAAAAUACCAUUCAACAUUCAUGGUGUGGCCUUCUAUAGAAAAAAGGUAGUCAGAGCCAUAAUUGCUAUGCUUAGAACAACGUUGCCUGGUUGUGAUGAUGGUUCUUUUUGCCGAGUGUUCAAGGCUUUACAGCCUUUUGACAAAGAAGAGAAGAAAAAGGUCCAACAAAUUCAUAGAAAGAAGCAGCGUUUCAUUUCCCAAAUCAGAAACACACCCCAACAUGAGAUUCAAAAACUAUUUGACUGUCAGCUGAAUAUAUGUUUUGAGGAAUUGAUUACAUUGUAG